AUGAUAUCGGUUGAAGGAGAAUGGGGAUCGGAUAAAAAGAAAAUUCAUAUUGUUAACAUUUAUGCGCCUUGCGAAGGAAGAAAGAAACAUGAAUUAUGGGCAGCCUUAUCCUCAAGAGUAAGGGAGAAGAAUGGAGAAAGUAUUUGUGUACUUGGAGACUUCAACUCAAUCAGGAACGGAGAAGAAAGGAGGGGUUCAGCUGUAAACAUUAGAAGUGAGAAAGCAGAGGAGUUUGAUAAUUUUAUUACAGGAGCAGACUUGAUAGAUUUACCACUUCAUGGCAGUAAGUUCACUUGGUCUAGGACUGGGGGCUCGGCAAGGAGUCGUAUUGACAGAUUUCUGAUUUCGGAAGAGUGGUGUAUAUCGUGGCCGUCAAGUUCUCAAUGGGCAUUAGACAAAGAACUCUCAGAUCAUAGACCAAUUCUAUUGUGUGAUGCAACUAAAAAAUGGGGACCGAAACCGUUCAGAAUGUUAAAUUGUUGGAGGAAGGUUGAGGGGUAUCAUGAUUUUGUUAAGGAGCAUUGGCAGGGCAUGAAUGUAGAAGGUUGGAGCAUGUUUGUGUUAAAGGAGAAAUUAAAAAUGAUAAAGGGAAAAUUAAAGGAGUGGCACAAGUCUCACACCCAAAAUCUAGAAGGAAAAAUUAAAGAUGCAAAAGAAGUAAUAAACAAGUGGGAACUAAAAGCGGAAUCAACAGAUCUAACGAUUGAGGAAGGGAACAAAAAAAGAGAAGCUGUAGCAGAAUUAUACAGAUUGUCUAAUUUGAAUUGUAGCAUUCAAAGUCAAAAAUCGCGAGUAAGAUGGUUGAAAGAAGGUGACGCUAACUCCAAAUAUUUUCAUGGCUGA